GUCAGCCUCCCUCAUCGUCACCUGGAGAGGAUCUGCUCUUAAAGCAUCCUGGGGAACGGAGGAUUUCCGUGCUCAUCAGGUUUUCUGGAGGACAGCUCAGGUGUGCAGGCAGAGGUAAAGCCCCGGUGUCUGUGGGCUGAAGCGUGUUUGGUGUCUUGGUGUGGUGUGGCGGUUAGAGAAUCUGUGCUGAAUGUGUGCAUGAGCGCCAAACAUCAGAAAGAGAAGCCUGGACCAGAAGAUGCGCUGCAUGCUCAGUGCUCGCCAUGGAAGAACAAUUCCUGCUGCACGGCAAACACCAGCCUGGCUGCUCACAACGAGACGUCCUACCUGUACAACUUCUCCUGGAACCACUGCGGUGUCAUGUCAGACGAAUGCCGGCGGCACUUCAUCCAGGACACCUGCUUGUAUGAAUGCUCACCCAACCUGGGGCCGUGGAUUAACCAGGUGGACAGCUCCUGGCGCCGCGAGAGGAUCCUGAACGUGCCGCUCUGCAAAGAGGACUGCGAGACCUGGUGGCAGGACUGCAAAGACCAGAUGACCUGCAAAGAGAAUUGGCACAAAGGAUGGGACUGGUCCUCCGGAACAAACGAGUGCCCCCAUGGGAGUCCGUGCCGGCCGUGGAUCCUGGUGUUUCCUCAACCCAAAGAUCUGUGUGAGAAGAUCUGGACCAACUCUUACCAGUACACCACCUUCCCGAGGGGCAGCGGGCGUUGCAUCCAGAUGUGGUUCGAUCCCAAUGACGGCAAUCCCAACGAGGCGGUGGCCAAGUACUACUCCAGAGCAGGGAAGGAUCUAGCGGCCUGCCUCCCCCUGGCUUUGCUCUUUCCUGUGCUCCUGGCCGUGCAGUGAGCAGAGCAAGAGGACUCUGCGCUCCUUGGACCUCCGCCCAGGGGAAGUAUCACCGGCAUCCUUUGCGAUGAACAUCUACCUCCUCUGGAGUGGGGCCGGAUCUGAGGGGAGGGACGUUUCUGUUGUGGAUUUCCCAGGAACGGAACCCUGCCGAUCUAAAACUUGAGCACCUGAAAUCUGCAUUUUUAAAUACCUUUCUUCUAAAUUUGCUUCGGGCUUUUCUGCCUUCUUCCUGUUUCUCCUCCCAAGCCUUGGGCCUUUGAUGGGAAGCCGCGUUGCUGACUGAUAACCUCGGCGAAGGGCACAGUGUAAACCGAGUGACGGGACAGAAUACCCGGAUCCACACGAGCCCCUUGGUUGUAGGGAUGAGAAGGAACUGACCUUAUGUCCCAGGCAAAAUUUGGGGGAGAUUUGGGACAGAGCCACAAAAUAGGAGACCUCUCUGCCAGAGAAUUGGCAAUAGAAACUCAUGCAAAGGGUGAGGACUUCUCCUCCCACGGGUGAUAAUGUCGUUCUGGGUUUUUACAGCUCUCUGUGUGCUUACCCCUCGACGCCUGGAGCAGAGGUGUCCAACUCUGGUGCUUCAGAUGUUCAUGGACUACAAUUUCCAUCAGCCCCUGCUAGCAUGCUAGCAGGGGCUGAUGGGAAUUGUAGUCCAUGAACAUCUGAAGCACCAGAGUUGGACAUCCCUGCCCUAGAGACUGCCCCGGUGGCCACCUUGAAGACUUCUUCAAAGGCUGUAGUUUUGGUUCUCAGGCAGUCUUCGUUCCCAACUGCUGCUUAGGUUUUUGCUUAAUUCUGUUUUGGGUACAAAUAACCUGUCAUUUAAAUGAAAGCUUCUCUCUUGCUCUGGGACUUGACUUGCACGUGCCUUUCUGUGUUUCCGAUCACUUUCUUUUUCACGAUCUGCUUGAUCGGUGGUGGAGGGUUGUGUUUCAUUCAACCGCUUCCCCUCAGUCACCCAAAACCUUGGCUCUCUAUCCCUAAGAGCUGUGGCACAUUUUAGUAAGCUGAAUUCGCACAGAAUCACUUUGCCGCACGAUGUAUUGAGAGUUGUCUUUCUACACUUCUGAACUCUUGUCUUUUCCGUGCUCUGCUUGACCAGUGGCGAAGGGUUUUGUUCUAUUCAACCAUUUCCCCCCACCCACCCACGCACCCAAGACAUUGACUCUCUGUCCCUAAGAACUGUUCUGUAUUUUGGUAAGUAGCUGAAUCCACAUGGAAUCACUUUUCUACAUGAUGUACCAGAGAGGACAGAUCUACUGUUCCUCUUGGUCAAAACCUAGGCGAAAUCGAGCUGAAUUGCCUACCUUUGGGAAGUUAUCAACAAUGUCCAGCUCUACUUAAUGUCUCUUCUUACAGCCUUCACCAGUUUCAGUGUUCUUGUAAAAAAAAAAAUGCCUAUGGGCAUCAUGUCGGUUUGUGUUUGUUCCACCUCUCAGUCCCUGCAAAACUUUGCACGUGGCUCUUGGAAAUGAAAAUAAAGAUUGCUGCUGUCUCUGUGGAA